AUGGUGCAAAGAGAUCCGAUUUUAGAGGCUCGCACUAAUGUGAAGUUGCACUCGAACCGACUGAAAAAAGAGGCUGCCCGCGCGGAGGCGACAUACAAGGCAGAGAAGGCCAAGGCCGACAGGGCUAUGAGGAAUCAUGAAUUUCAGAUCGCCCGCAUCCACGCCAGCUCCGCUGUCCGCGAGAAGAAGCGUCAGGUAUCCUUAAAGGCGGAGGCAGCCCGAGCCGACGUCAUCAUCAACGAGCUCAAGGCCGCCCAGAGCACGCGCGACACCUCCCGAACCCUAGCUCUGGCAUCGAGAGGUCUGGAUGCCGCUUCGAAGAGCGUGAACUUGGAGAAUCUGCUGACUCACGCCAACAACUUUCUCGCGCGCUCCGAGGACUUCAAGAUCGCAAGCAGCGCCAUCGAAAAUGUGGCGCAGGGGGUCUCGCAGCAAGAAUACGGUGCUGAAGGGGAAGCGGAAGUUGAUCGGAUGAUGGAGCAGUUGGCGGACGAGGCCGGGGUAGACCUCCGGAUGGCGCUGGAGGCGGAUGCUGCGCCUAAGGAGGACGUUAAGGACACGACGAAACACGCCGAUGCAGACGUUGAGGAUGCUCUUGGAGCUAGGCUGCGUGCUCUUCGAGCGGAAGGAUGA